CCUCCUCUUCCCCCCUCUUCAGCAUCCUUCUGUGAUCCUGUAGGUGAUACAGCUACAGCAGCAUCCAUGGCCUGCCUUUUGCCUUAGCACACUUGCUCGCUCACCCUGCGUUUUUUUUAAUUUAAUUUAUUUUUUUCCCUCCCAUUUCUUCUUUGGCUUUGACAGCUGCACCCACCAUGUAUCCAAGGCACUGAUUUUGGGGAAGGCUUACGUUAAGCAUCUGGUACACCCAGGGAUCGUAAUUUCCUGUAUUUUUUCAGGCUCUGUGGAAACUGAGGAAUGCAAUUCUGCCACCAUGAUGGAAGGACUGAAAAAACGUACAAGGAAGGCCUUUGGGAUACGGAAGAAAGAAAAGGACAAUGAUUCCACAGGAUCACCAGACAGGGAUGGAACUCCACCCAGCCCUCAUCCUCAUGAUCCACCCUCCAAUAACAAACCAGAAUGUGCACAGGAAGGAGGAAAAACAGUUUCGAAGAGAUCAAAUGGUGCUCCAAAUGGGUUUUAUUCAGAGAUUGACUGGGAACGAUAUAAUUCACCUGAGCUUGAUGACGAGGGAUAUAGCAUCAGACCAGAAGAACCAGGCUCUACCAAAGGAAAGCACUUUUAUUCCUCAAGUGAAUCUGAAGAGGAAGAGGAGGCACAUAAAAAAUUCAACAUUAAAAUCAAGCCUUUACAGUCUAAAGAUGCUCUGAAGAGUGCGGCAACUGUUGAUGAACUGAAAGCGUCUAUAGGCAACAUUGCACUUUCGCCAUCUCCAGUGAGGAGAAGUCCGAGGCGCAGUCCGGGUACAAUAAAAAGGAAUUUAUCUAGUGAAGAAAUAGCAAGACCUAGGCGUUCAACUCCUACUCCAGAACUUCUAAGCAAAAAAGCCCCAGAUGAUCCUGCAGUCCUAGCACCACUAUUUGGUCCACCCCUAGAGUCUGCAUUUGAGGAAGAGAAGUUGGAAGCUCCAAUAGAUCAACCUGAAGUGUGGGGUUCAGUGCAGCCAGAAAAUGUAGAAUCUCCAAAUUCAUCACAACCUUUUCCAUCUGGAACUCCUCCGCCACUUCCACCUAAGAACAUUCCAGCGACACCUCCCCGCACUGGUUCUCCAUUAACAACAGGAGUAGGAAAUGACCAGACAGCAACAGAGGUCAAAAGUGACAAACUACCAUCAAUCAAUGACUUGGACAGCAUUUUUGGCCCAGUAUUAUCCCCCAAGUCUGUUGCUGCUGACGCGGAGGAUAAAUGGAUCAGUUUUUCUGAUCAAUCCCUGGAAAACGUAACUCCAGAGGUGACUUCAAGGGAAAAAGUGGUGUCCCCACCUGUGGCAUCAGAAAUCCCAGAUGAGCCUCCGGAGGCUGAAACCUCUCGCAGUAUUCCAUCACCACUCAAUUUAGAAGAGGUUCAGAAGAAAGUUUCUGAGCAGACCCACGUUAAAGAUGAUAACUUAGCAGCAGCAGCAUCUCCUAAAGAUUUUGGGGUGGGACAGAGAGCAACACCGCCUCCCCCUCCACCUCCUACCUACAGAACGGUGGUGUCGUCACCCGGACCCAGCUCUGGCGGUGGCACAGGAAGCACCAGUGGGUCCUCAUCACCUGCACGUCCUGCAACCCCACUGACAUCCUGCAGCAGUCCUACUCCACCACCCCCUCCACCUAGACCGCCAUCUCGCCCAAAAUUACCUCCAGGGAAGCCUGGUGUUGACGUGUCCAGACCUUUUAGCCCUCCGAUUCACUCAUCCAGCCCUCCUCCAAUAGCACCAUUAGCACGUGCUGAAAGCACCUCGUCCAUAUCAUCCACCAAUUCCUUGAGUGCAGCAACUACUCCCACAAUUGAAGAUGAUGCUUAUGUUGACAAACUGCCCUCGUUUGAAAGGCACUGUGAAACGCCUGCAGAGAAUGAACAGCCUUCCCUCGUCUGGUUUGACAGAGGAAAGUUUUAUUUGACUUUUGAAGGCUCUUCUCGUGGACCUAGCCCAUUAACAAUGGGUGCACAAGACACUCUGCCUGUAGCUGCGGCAUUCACUGAAACUGUAAAUGCGUACUUCAAAGGAGCAGAUCCUAACAAAUGCAUAGUCAAGGUUACUGGAGAAAUGGUGCUGUCAUUUCCUGCAGGAAUUACUAGACAUUUUGCCAACAAUCCCAGCCCGGCUGUUUUAACGUUCCGUGUGACAAAUUACAACAGGUUAGAACACGUCUUGCCAAAUCCCCAACUUCUUUGCUGUGACAGCACACAAGCAGAUGCCAACACAAAGGAGUUCUGGGUGAACAUGCCAAACUUGAUGACUCACUUGAAGAAAGUGUCAGAACAGAAACCACAAGCAACGUAUUAUAAUGUGGAUAUGCUCAAAUAUCAGGUUUCAGCCCAAGGUAUUCAGUCUACUCCAUUGAACCUUGCAGUGAACUGGCGGUGUGAGCCUACAAGCACUGAUCUCCGAAUUGACUACAAAUAUAAUUUAGAAGCAAUGACAACCCCAGUAGCUUUAAACAAUGUCCAGUUCCUUGUUCCAAUAGAUGGAGGAGUGACAAAACUGCAAGCUGUGCUUCCACCUGCAAUUUGGAAUGCUGAACAACAAAGGAUAUUAUGGAGAAUUCCUGAUAUUUCACAAAAAUCAGAAAAUGGAGGUGUGGGCUCUUUGCUGGCCCGAUUUCAACUAUCCGAAGGACCAAGCAAACCUGCCCCCCUGGUUGUGCAAUUCACCAGCGAAGGGAGCACUCUGUCAAGUUGUGAUAUCGAACUUGUCGGGGCUGGGUAUCGUUUUUCACUUAUUAAAAAGAGAUUUGCAGCAGGGAAAUACCUGGCAGAUAACUAAAAGAAGUUUAUGCGAGUAUAUGGAAAAUCCAUGUGGCUGAGGACUGCUGGGAGUGGACAGGUUUUAUAUGCGGUUUGAGGAAAAUCUAACUAAAUCCUGUACUCGGGACAUUUCUGUUGGAAGUGUCAGAAACUUUCAGCGUUUCUCCCUCCAAAAUUACCAUGUUGACCAGUCCUACAGUAUUUACUUCUAGGUGUAAUAUUGUUAAUGUUUUAAAUUGUAAUUAUUGUAUUUGUAAAUUGUAUUCAUUCCAGUAAGGCUGUAUUUUGGCAGUUAGACACCUGAGUUUUAGGAUUUUACCAUUCAUGAAAUGGAUGUAAUUUAAACUGUGGUAUAUAAAUUUAAUAGUAGUACUAUUGAAUGGCACAAUGCUUUCAAAGGUAGAUAACAUUUUGUCAAUAUAUACAAUUUGAAUAUGAUGCUAAUAGCUGUGAGGAAGGGGGUGCCUCAAAAAGAAAGUGAAAUAGUAACCCUGAAAAAUCAUUUGAUUUUCUUUAUUUCCUCCUUCGUAUUUGUCAUAUAAAUAGUUAUAUGAACAAACAAGUCUAUCUUUAAAUAUUAAGUUUAUUUGACUCCAGAACAUUUCUGCAAAUGUUGAUGUCCCCAUAAGUUAUUUCCCCAAAUGAUAAAAUAUAAUUUUAUUUUUCACUUUAUACACUUCUUCGUAUUUUCCUUUUGAGAAUAUCAAUCAAUCAGAACAAGUGUUUUGGGUUUUUUAAAUUCCAGAUAAUUAUUAGGAAAUCCAGAUGAGAUGAAGGACGUGCUGGAAUAGUUUUCUUUCCGGUUUCAUUACUUUUCUGUGAUGCAGAUGUGGAAAUAAAGAACCCAAUCCCAUGGAAA